GAACGGACCUCUUGCAGCAGUUUUUCAGGAUAAGUUUCUCCGUUUGUUCGCAGGUGAGGCAAUAACUGACGCACAUUCGACAUUCACGAUGGAUAUCCUGAGAGGCAUUGAACAGUCGUCGGUUACCACGAAGCUAGUUAUUGCAGUGGUUGUCUUGUUUUUGGUAUACGAUUGGUGGUGUCACCAUUAUUUCCAGCGUCGUGGCAUACGUGUCGGGUCUUACCUACCAGUUAUAGGCAGCCUGCAUCAGAUACGAAAAGGUUUUGGAUGCAGGUUUCCUGAGUAUACCGCGAAGUACGGGAGGGUGUUUGGGUGGUACAUGUUUCGACAGCCUAUGCUUAUCCUAACGGAUGCUGACAUCGUCAAGCAGAUUUUGGUCAAAGAUUUCUCCAGUUUUACCAACCGUAAAAAGAGUAAUUCUAGGGGUCCCGAAAUCGUGAACAAGGGAUUGUUAUCACUGCAAGAUGAAGAGUGGAAGGAAGUUAGAUCGGUCGUCACACCGGCAUUCAGCGCCGUCAAAAUGAGAACGAUGUCCUUUAUGAUCAACGAAUGUUGUGACACCAUGCUGUAUAAUAUCGAGAAGGCAGUGAAGGAGGGAAGUAACAUCAACUGCAAAGAUUUGUACGGAGGUUUCACGAUGGACACGGUAGCAUGGUGUGGUUUCGGGCUGAAAAUAGACUCACAAGUAACGAAAGAUCAUGAGUUUGUAAUCAACGCCAAGAAAGCAUUCAAGUCGGCUGAGUCAAUCUUACGAAACCUGGCUGUGUCUAUAUUCCCAAUGAUGGGACCAGUGUUGCUUUACUUCAAUGUUGGCAUAAUCCCCAACGAAGUUGUUAGCUUCUUCGAAACAGUGACGAGGGAAUCUUGCAAACUUCGCAAAGAACAGGGAAGCGACUUGGACAAGUCUAAAAAUAUUGACAUGUUACAAUUGAUGCUAAAUGCACACAACGAAGCUCCAGAACUAACAGAUGACGUCGCUGGAAACGGGGUUCACCACAUGAAACGCAAGAGGGCGCUAACAAACAACGAAGUCACAGCCCAGGCCUUACUCUUCUUCUUGGCAGGGUAUGAGACAACGAUUUCCUUGCUCGGCUUUGCCUCGUACCUUCUCGCCCUCAACCCAGACGUACAAGAUAAACUCUAUGCUGAGAUCCAAGAUAAAGCCCCAAGCCGUGACGUCAUAGGCUAUGACGUAGUUAACAAGAUGACGUACCUAGAUAUGGUAAUAUGCGAGUCCCUGCGAGUCUAUCCACCCGCAGCAAUAUUCGCACGCAUCUGUAACAAGACGUUUUCUUACAAUGGCCUGACCAUAGAGAAAGGAGUGAAUGUGUUUAUGAACGUUUAUGGUAUCCACCGCGAUGAGCAGUAUUGGCCGGAGCCAGACAAGUUUGAUCCGGAGAGAUUCAGUCCUGAGAGAAAACCUUUAAUCCAGGCUUGCACCUACGUGCCGUUCGGCUUCGGACCGCGUAACUGCAUUGGUAUGCGAUUUGCCUUGUUGGAAGCCAAGAUGGCGCUGGUGCGUGUACUGCAGAACUACCGAUUAGAUGUGUGUCCAGAAACAAAGAUUCCGCUCAAUCUUUGCGAGACUACAUUCUCAGCUCCUAAAGACGGCAUCAAACUUCGAGCUGUCGCCAGAAAAUAAUUAGUAAAACACUCAAUCGUGUUAGUGUGAAACUAUCGUUAAAAACAUAAAACACCCAUAGAUUAGUUUGCCUGAUCACUGCAACUGCCCCGUUGCAGACAAAAAUUUGGUUCGCAUUCGCAGGAAGUAUUAAUAAUUAUUAUGACCGCGCUUACUUGUGCAAAAGUAUAGGCCUGGAUUGGCGACUAUUCAAAGUGGACAUAAACAAAACCAACGUUUAAAACAAACAACAAACAAUAAGACUAGAACACACCAAACAACUUUUCUUUGUAAUGAUUCCUCAUUUUAGCCAUUUAAUAAUAUCAAUUUGUCCGAAGGACAGCAUAUAGGGCCACUUUAAUGUGGUCCCUGUGGUGUUGGGGUGUUUGUUUAUGUUGUUUGUUUAUGUGUUCGAUUGUUUGGGUGUUUUUUUGUUUUUGUUUGAAUAUAAAUGAAAAAUACUAGGUUAAUGUAUUAGUGUCACUAUAGCUCCAUUAUAUUAUGUAUCAAAACCAAAAUAUUUAUAUCAGUGUGUCUAACUGUACAGCGGUGUAUACUAAACUUGACGUAAGAUUGCGAAUCAAAAUUGUUAAACAAUUUAGGCGUUGUUGCGUAUUAUGUGGCGUCUGUGCAAGCUGUCUAUGAACAUAGACUUCCUUGGCAAAAUACAUACUACACUCAACAACUUAAUUAUCUGAACUAAAUAUUAAAGGCAGUGGACACUAUUGGUAAUUAGUCGAAAUAAUUGUUAUCAUAAAACCUUACGAUGUAACGAGC